ACGGAAUAUUUAGCUCGGGAGGAUUGGAAACGGAAGUCUCGUCGAUGCAAGAUUGCCAAUUAUAUAACAUCACGGCGGGACGCCUCCGACAAUCGUCAUUCUAGGCUGAUGCAGUGGUGAGAUCGGCAGAGCGAGACAUCUGACUGAUUGCUUGUUUCAUGCGGAGGACUCCCUCGCUGGGUGAGACAAUGCCUAACCCUUCCGCAUCCUUGACGCAUUUAUGAAUGGCUUCGUGGAUCUGGCCUGGUGCGGUGCGAGCAAGACGUGAGGGACAGGUUUGGAUGGAUGAACUAGGCGGGCUUGGAUAAGUAAGGACUCCGCAAGAAAAGGAGAGCUCGAUGUUGCCGGCUACCUCUCGUGAAUGGUGGAUCGAAGUUAUGCAUAGGGUUUGGAAGGAAUCCCGAAACUGUACUGUGGAUGAAAAGUGAUCAAGCUUUGAAAAACUGAACUUUCUUGAUUGAAGUGAUCAUUUACUGAUUAUAAUACAAGUUUCUUUCGAUAAUUGAGACAAAAUUACAAUUGUUGAUUGUUAUUUUGUGAAUGAUACAGGGAAUAACAAAUCUGUAAAUUAUUAGUGGCACUUGUGUACUUCUGCCAGAGUGACUGUACUACACUAGUAUCACACUUGAAUAGUUUCAUUACCCGAGGGUACCUCCUAGAUGUUUUGAUCGGAAGCUGUGAUCCAGACGUCUUCCUUUGUCAUGCAGCCAUUUCCAUCGAUUCUCCGCAAGUGGCGAUACGGCUUCAUCCUAUCUCUUCUCCUCACCCUUGCUCUGAUCUUCUACAACUGCUCUUCAGAGCGCAAGUAUGUCCACUAUGGUACGGGUAGGCACUCCCUCUCAAUCACCUCCACCCAGCUACACCAGCCUUCCGAGUACCAUCACAAGAACUUCCCCGAUGACGUCCUUGACCGCGACCUGAUCUUCAACAUCAACGGCAACGACGUCAUUGUCUUCCUGCACAUCCAGAAGACGGGCGGAACCACCCUUGGAAGGCACCUGACCAGGAACCUAGACCUGAGCUCACCUUGCGAGUGCAUCAAGACCCACAAGCGAUGUUCCUGCUACCGUCCAUCCAGUAAGCACCAGAUAUGGCUCUUCAGCAGGAUGUCCACAGGAUGGCUGUGUGGGCUCCAUGCAGACUGGACAGAACUGCAGGGAUGUGUUCCAGAAGCAAUGGACAAGAAAGAGAGGAUCAAAAUCAGACGGAGAUACUUCUACAUCACUAUGGUUCGUAACCCAGUGUCAAGAUAUAUCAGCGAGUGGAGACAUACGCAGCGAGGGGCCACGUGGAAGAUGUCGCGGCACAUGUGCGGUGGGCACGCUGCCACCGAAGAACAGGUUCCAAUGUGCUUCAAGGGCAGCACAUGGAUGGGUGUGAUUCUCCAUGAUUUCAUGUCAUGCCCGCAUAACAUGGCCAAUGAUAGACAGACGCGCAUGCUUGCGGAUCUGACGCUCGUUAAUUGCUAUAACAAGACAGGGAUGUCGACGCAGGACCGGAACCGCAUCAUGCUGGCCAGUGCAAAGGCGAACCUCCAGAGCAUGGCCUUCUUUGGCCUGACGGAAUUCCAGCGUGAAUCGCAGUACUUGUUCGAGAGGACGUUUAAGAUAAAAUUCAACACCCCCCUCUAUCAGUCCAAUCUGACCAUAGCGAAUGCCUCACCGAUGCAAGAGUCGGAUAUGGAGGCCGUGCGGGCCGUCAACCUGUUGGACCUAGAACUAUACGCCUUCGCCAAGGAUUUGUUUUUCCAGCGGUAUCACUUCAUGAAACUCAUGGAGAGAGAAGAACAGGAGAACAAUGGCCAUCAUCCGAGGAUAAACAGCUAGCAUUAACGGAUUGACUUUGAAUUGUGAAAGACUGUGUUUCACUUUCACACAAGCGCAAACAGAUGCACGAGCACAGACCUAGGAUCAUUUGUUCAGGACUAGGAGCGCAUACUCACCUCCUUCAACAUUAUGCCCUUUGGAUGUCAGCAGAUUGUUACAGACAUAGAGUUCCAGGAACAUGGAUGUCAUCUGUCCGCUACACCUGGGUGUUUGGAUGGAUUUGUAAAGUUGUCAGUCCACUUUUCAUACUUCAGGGAAGAUUAGUGAUGAAAGAAGCAACGAAAUGUGAAUGCUUUUACAUUAGUUACACACGCAGGUUCAGGAGGAGCUUGGGAAGAUUUUUCGAUAUUUCCUGAAAAGGGUCAUUGAUCAACAAGAAGUCAUCGAUCAAUGACAAACUAACCAAUGUGGACUCCACUGCUCCUGUGUUCUUGAGAGCUGAAAGAGUUUUUAGUCCUUAGUAAUUGAUUCUAGUCUUGAAUACUUAAUUCAAAUCCUGGACCUCAUUUCAUAUAGAACUUUCAAGGAUGAUGUUAACUUUGCCAUUUUGGUAACUACAAUGGCUACAUGACAGCUCAGCCACCUAUCAAAAUCAAGGUUUCAAUUACCAAAAUGGCAAAGUUACCAUAAAAUGUUAUUCAUGAAACGGGGCCCUGAAUAAUCUGUCUGGGGGAUGUUUCACAAAGUUUGAUGUCUGACUGAACAUCACACGUAGAUCUCGUGCUGCAUGUGGAAAACAAAUCACGGCAGUGGUCAGGUCAGGUGUUAGGGGACAUGUGCUGCAAUGUAAUACUCAAUGAGAUUAUGCUUAAAAUAAUAAGUGCACAAUGGCACUUAAGCA